UUUUUCUGAGAUAUAUCUUGUUCUCUGGAUUUCUUCAAUUAGUGCACAUUUCCUACACAUUUAUCUUAGCACAUUACUAUGAUUGAGGUGAAAGCAUUAUGUAAUCAUGAAAUUUGUGCAUCUCAGUGGGAUCGAUUUUUAUUUAUCUUAUCUAUAAAUCUUAUCUUUACACAUUUAACAUACCAUUUUGUCAAUUUGCCUUUUGUGCCUGCCUCUGUGAAAUAUUUGCUUGGUACUUACAAUAUACAUUUAGUAUUUCAGCCCUAGGGACUUCUCUAACAGUUAUCAUGCUACUCUUUGUACGAAGCAAGAAGGUACAUAAAAGCAAGUUCUGGAACGAAGAAAUGUUAUUUCUCUCCCUCUGCAUUGGCCUCAUUACAGCCUAACCUUAAGCAAAUUUGUGAGUUCAUGUUUCAUAAACUAACAUAAAACAUGUUUACAAGCCCUGUGUAAACUCAAAGCAGAUGCAAAUAAUCUGGAAUUAUUUUUCCAAGUUAAUGAUUAAAUACCUCGCCUCCCAUGACCCUGUUCACAAAUGAUUGAACAGUCUAGUACAUCAGAUUGAACCCUGGUGUUCGGUGUCAGCUCUACAGGAUGACGGCCAGUGACGCUUACAGUGGCACUUUGGCAAAACAUUAGUUACAUGUGGGUCAGGGGACAACAGGGCACAACAGGACAGGAGAGGACAAGUAGGAGAAAGGCACAAAGACAGCCCCAGAGAGAAAGGCAGCGAUGCAAAUAUUUAGCAUUCUGUUUAACUGCCCUGAAGAGAAGGCAUUAAAUGAAAGAAAAAACAGAAAGUGGGCACCAUGAACUACGUGGGCCAGCUGGCCGGUCAAGUGCUGGUGACCGUCAAAGAACUGUACAAAGGCAUCAAUCAGGCCACACUAUCUGGCUGCAUCGAUGUCGUGGUUGUUCGUCAGAGAGAUGGUACAUACCAGUGCUCCCCAUUUCAUGUGCGCUUUGGAAAACUGGGAGUACUGCGUUCAAAAGAGAAAGUAAUUGACAUUGAAGUGAAUGGGGAGCCGGUGGAACUGCACAUGAAACUUGGUGACAAUGGAGAAGCCUUCUUUGUCCAGGAAUCUGAGCAACAGAACCAAAUAGUCCCUGCUCACCUGGCUACAUCCCCAAUCCCUACUGAGAGUCACCUGUUCUGGAUCUCAGAGGUGGAGGACAGGGCACCAAAAGACCUGGAGGACGACCCUGCAGAUCCUGACCCCCCGGGACCACCAGCUGUCAGCAAUGUGGCCACGAAAAAGAAAAAGAAACGGAGAAGGAAGCACAAGGGAGACUCUCGAAGGGAGGAGCUGACCCCGCCUAUGUCGGUCACUGCUGCUAACGCAACUGCUGCUGCAACUCCUGCUACGUCUAAUAGUGGGCCAAAUGAGGAGAUCUUUGAGAUGGAGCUGAGCUCUGAUGAGGAGGCUGCAGCACAUGCCUCCAGGUCCCCUUCGAUGACCACAAUGCGUGAUAUUGAUCCAAAAUUACCCUCAGCAAGACACAGUCUAGACAGCUACUCAAUGUCUGAUGGGGACUGGCCUGCAGAUGACAGUCAUGGCUUGUCACAGGCCUUUUCUCCAAAGAGUGAUUCUGAGCUUGUUGUCAGACCUUCAGAGAGUAUGCUCAGGGCUGAGUCCCACAUGCAGUGGACCUGGGGUGAAUUCCCAGAAACAACCAGGGUUAAAAAGGAGAAACCAGAACCACUGAGAACAGUGACCAUCACUCCCUCGGAGACCACUCACUUCCGUGUUAUUCUCAGUUCUGAGGCCAUGGAGGCAGACACAAAGUCUGAAAAGCAAAACCGUGGCUCCAGUGCUUGUACUAUUGUCAAACCUGAGCCUCGAACCCCUCUCACACCUGUAACAGCAGUGAGUCCUCUUUCAUCGGUCAGUACAGAACCAUCCAUAAGUCCAAUAACGCCCACAGAACCCCUGGAUGUCCUGUCACCAAACCUAGUCAACUCCACACCAUGCACUCAUCCGAGUGAUUCACCUUCUAAAAAGAAAGGAGUCCCAAAAAGAAGCCAGCACCAGGGUCCUGAAGAUAUCUACCUAGAUGAUCUGAAUGUUCUUGAACCUGACGUUGCUGCAAGAUAUUUCCCUAAGAGUGAUACAGAGGUGGCCUCUAAGCAUUGGAUGGACUCCGAGAUAUGCUCUGGUUCACAGUCCCCUCAGUCAGUGGGCAGUGCUGCAGCCGACAGUGGGACGGAGUGUCUUUCCGACUCAGCCAGUGACCUCCCUGACGUCACCCUCUCUUUGUGCGGAGGCCUCACAGAAAAUGCAGAAAUAUCCAAAGAAAAGUUCAUGGAGCAUAUCAUUACCUAUCACGAAUUUGCUGAAAACCCAGCCAUUAUAGAUAAUCCCAACUUGGUAGUGAAAAUAGGAAAUAGAUACUAUAACUGGACACUGGCUGCGCCCCUGAUUCUCAGUCUACAAGCAUUUCAGAAGAACUUACCAAAGGACACGGAGGAGGCUUGGAUGAAGGAGAAGAUGCCAAAAAAGUCAGGCCGCUGGUGGUUUUGGCGGAAGAGAGCGGACAGUACAAUCAAGCAGUCUGAAACCAAGCUUGAAACCAAGGAGGAGUCUCAGUUGGUGGAGGAAGGAACGUCCAUAUCUCAGGAAAAGCUGGUCUUGCCGCCUAAAGCAGAAGAUUCAUCCAGUGAUGAGGAGUCCAAGGAGGUGAGUGCUGCAUCCUGUCAAGAAAGGCUGCAGCCAGGAGAUGGUCAGCACCACACCAGCUCUCACACUUACAGGAAGUCACUGCGCAUUUCCUCUGAUCAGAUAGCCAGUCUGAAACUGAAGGAUGGACCUAAUGAUGUGACAUUCAGCAUCACCACUCAGUACCAGGGCACAUGCCGCUGCGAGGGCACCAUCUACCUGUGGAACUGGGACGAUAAAGUCAUCGUCUCGGACAUAGAUGGCACCAUCACCAAGUCAGACGUGUUUGGACAGAUCCUACCACAGUUGGGGAAGGACUGGACCCACCAAGGCGUUGCCAAGCUUUACCACUCAGUCGCUGAAAACGGCUACAAGUUUCUAUACUGCUCAGCCCGGGCUAUUGGCAUGGCAGACAUGACGAGGGGCUACCUGCAGUGGGUCAAUGAUGGGGGCACCAUUCUGCCUCGUGGACCCCUCAUGCUGUCUCCCAGCAGCCUUUUCUCUGCCUUCCACAGGGAGGUAAUCGAGAAGAAGCCAGAGAUCUUCAAGAUUGAAUGCCUUACAGACAUCAAGAACUUGUUCCAGCACAACAAGCAGCCAUUCUACGCCGCCUUUGGGAACAGAAUUAAUGAUGUUUUUGCCUAUAAAGAGGUCGGAGUUCCUGUUUGUAGGAUCUUCACAGUCAACCCCAAGGGAGAGCUGAUCCAGGAGCAGACCAAGGGCAACAAGUCCUCUUACGGCCGACUCAGUGAGCUGGUGGAGCACGUGUUCCCUCUGUUGAGCAAAGAGCAGAACGAGGCCUUUGUCCUGCCUGAGUACAGCUCCUUCUGUUACUGGAGGCAGCCCCUGCUGGACAUCAACCUGGAGGAGCUGCUCUGAUGCACUACUGUAUAGUAUGUGUGUGUGUAUAUACAGGCAAGACUUUGCAUUCAAAUGCAUCUCCAGGAAUGGACUAGAAUGGAGACACGGACUCACACUGCAGCAGCGAGUGUGACUCCGUGACAGGGGUCGGACCAUUAGUAUAAGAAGCUCCGUAGAGUAGAGGUGAUCUCUGAACAAACGUUCUCACGAGUAACCGCUGCAAAAUCCCAUUUAUUAGUCCAACUGCCAAGUGGAUGAUCAUUAUCUGUAUUUACUCAUCGCCCUGGAGGUAGAUUAUUUUAGUUUGUUCUCUAAAAUCCUCAUCAUUAGUCAGGGAUAUUUGACGUACACAGGUUUUUGUUUUCUGCCCUGUAACUCAGUAGAUGAUCUGGCCUGUUGCACUAGCAUGAGAUAUAUUGUUUUUGAGAUAUUUUGAGAUUCUCCAAGAAAGUGGGAACAUUCUCUGGGAUAAAAUAUGGAAACAAGAAGGAAGGUUAACACACUGAGCUAGUGCUACAGUAGCUGGUACCAGCAACUUUAGCUUUGGCUAAACUGCCUUAAUAAAUGGGCUUCACUUUUGAGUUGGUGAAAAAAAAAAAAGUGAAAGUGAUACUGGCUGGCAGGUAACAUAUUCCACCAACAUUAUUCUCCAGCAGCUGGCUGUGGACUAGCUGAAGAGCUACCACAUUAUGCUAAUUCAGAUGCGCGAACUGCAUACAAAUUGCAGUUAUUAGCUCGGUACUAUGAACCCAACACAUUUCAGAUUCCUUCUCGUUCCCUGGAGAACUGAAAAGCUGUGGAACUGUGUUGUUAUUCAAGGUUGAACCUAGGAAUUAUUUCGCCAAUGUGAAAAAAAAAAAAAAAAAAACCAGAUGAAGCAGCUUCCCGUUAUAUUGUCUAGCUAUUACAAUGCUUGUUCUGUUAUAGAAGUUAUAGAAGUUUUUGUCAACCGUGCAGUCAUUAUUUAUUGUAAUUAAAUUGAAGUUUAAGUUAUUAAUUUUGGCAAUGUGUCUGAAAAAGGAAUGGCUAUUGAUAAACUUUGUAUGUUUAGGUCUCAUGAUUUAACACGCACUUAACAGUACCAGCUCGGCCUUGUAUGGACUCUGUGGUUUUUUCAUGUUUAACAUUGUUUUUGUUUGUUUUUACAGUGAAGCUCGAGUCAUUGACACAUUCAUUGAUAAAUCUAAACUUGCAGCUUUUGUGUUUAAAAAAAAAAAAAACGAGGAAAUGAAAUCAAAGAAGAGCUAAAAAUGAAGGAUUUCUGUUUGACUGUAGGAUGUUGGCCUGGUGGUGAUGCUCAGAGGAUCACCUUUUCUUUCUGCAUGAAGUUUGCAUGUUCUCCCAGUGUGCGUGGGUUUUCACCCACCAUCUGAAAAACAUGCAGCUUCAGGCUAAUUGUUUACUCCUGGUGUGAAUGUGAUGUGAAUGAAUGCCGUUUGAAUUCACCCCUGCCUAACCCGGUAACUCCGAAAAGGAUCAGUAGAAGUGGGAUUGACUGUAGGAUGAUGUCACUGAGUGAUGCUGUUGUUCUGUCGUCACUCAGUGACAUCCAAAACCAAUGCACUUUGUCUGAGCUGCGCAGAGAAGUAAGAGCGCUCACACUCUUCUUCCACUCCGUCUGUGCAGACAGUCGGCCAGUGUAUGUAACUACAGCAGAAUACCUCCGUAUUCUAUGAUGUGACUGUGUGGAGCUGCUACAGUUUAGUUAGUACUCAGCAUAAAUGGAAUGCAGGCUGCAGUGUGUGUGUGUGUGUGUGUUGUUAGAGACAAGACUGAUGCUGAUACUGUGCCUCUUGAGUUGAAGUCGUGUUUGAACAUAAACAGGAAAUACUUAGUAUUUUUUUUCCAUUACUUUUUUGUAUUAUGUGCAUGAUUAGGAGCUUUAGCACCACCUAAUGACUUGAAUGGCACAUCGGCACGAGUGUGAUCAGAGUAGGGAGGAAAUAUUUGCUAUGAGACUGAAAAGAUGGAGAUAUGUGGAAUAAAAAAAAUAAGCACAAAAAUGAGGCGUUAGUGAGUAGCUGUUAGCUGUUAUGAUUUAGCUUAAGUGUAUGUGCGUUCAUGCUGUGGCACCGACUCAUCUGUUAUGAUUCUGAUGCUUGCCUUGCUCGUUUUCUAUGAAGUUUCGUGGAGUCAGAGGAACAUGUAUGGUCUAAUUAACAAAACAAAUUCCAUUCUUUCUAUGAAAGUGAAGCAUUUGUGUGGAAAAAUCACACUUCGUCCUCUACGAUCCCACGACACCUGGUAAAUAAUGUUUGUCGUCAGGGCUCACCUGCUGUAGAGAGUGUUCAGGUAUACAGUACAGUAUAAACUGCUUCUCAUUCUUCUGUCUGUCGAUGCCUUUUGUUUUAUUAUCUUAUUUUAAUUCCUAUUGGUUUUGUGUUAUGCAUAAUUGUUUUUAAUGUAUUCGACCAACAGUGAUACCGUCAGUGUAUGCUGUGUUUGAUUUGUAUGGAAAUGUGGUUCGAUCUACGCUGGACAUUGAAAUAAAAUCCAUUGUAUAGAGAAAAAAGAAAUCCAUGCCUAUAAAGAGCUAACAAUGUUAUUAAGGCUUGUGGUCAAAUUUGUAUGAAAUAAAGUUUCUAACUGGGAAAAAAAAA